GAGCCUAAAGAGCGGCUAGAGGACGUCCUUUUUUUUUUCUUUCCUAUCAGUGUGCGUGUGUGGUGUAGUUGCGCGAUGCAACUGAUGCAGUAUCUUGUAAAUACUUAGUUCUUCCUCGCGGUUAUUUUGUUUCUCCUAUCGUCAUAGUAACCCUAUGAGUAGUUCCCUUUCUCCCUACAGCCCGAGUGAACCCCCAUCCAUUUGUUACGAGACGAAUAGCGAUCGAUUAUUUCGCGAAAGCAUUUAGUCGCUUCACUCGAGUACAAUACCCGUGUACCGCGAGUUUCCGGUAGUUGUCCUUGCAGUUCGGUCUUUGGAAUGUUAGAUACGCGCCCCCUGACAUAUUUCUAGAGAGACGCUGUUACUCUCCUAUGGUGAGCUGACACCAUGCAGGAUGACCUGAACGUUCCUGCGCGGAUCUACCAGGCUACAAGAUUUCAGAAAGGCGAUGACCGAUAAUGUCUUACAAUGAAUUGGAGCAAGGUUAUCUGGGCCUGACAAGUCAACCAUUGUUCUACAUAGGGGAUGACUGUGGUUAUAUUAAUUGGAACAAAAUAGAAAAGGAUACCGAACAUGCAGAUUCGGAAGAUGAAACUCUUGCUCCAGGGAAGCAAGUUCUGGUCGGCAUUUGUGCCAUGGCCAAGAAAUCUCAGUCCAAACCGAUGAAGGAGAUUCUCACGAGACUCGAGGAAUUUGAAUACAUCAAAACUGUCGUCUUUCCCGAGGAAGUCAUCUUAAAUGAGCCAGUCGAAGAGUGGCCAUUAUGUGACUGCCUCGUGUCUUUCCAUUCCAAAGGGUUUCCCCUGAACAAGGCCAUCGAAUAUGCUGAGCUCAGAAAUCCUUUCAUUAUCAAUGAUCUUUUCAUGCAAUAUGACAUCCAAGACAGGAGGAAAGUGUACAGCAUUCUUGAGGGUGCCGGCAUUGAAUUACCGAGAUAUGCGGUCCUCGACAGAGAAUCAACGGAUGAAAGACGAUGGAACUCAGAUGCGUCAUCGCUGUCAUCCGCCAUGGGGAUCGCACACCUAAACAAAAGAUGAAAAUGGAGGUGAAGCACCCAAAGUUCUUUGAGCUUUUCGAGCAUUAUGGAGGUUUCAAGGAUGGCCACAUCAAAUUGAAGAAGCCAAAGCAGCUGCAGGAGAUCUUGGACAUAUCACGCUUCCUUCUGAGUGAAAUUGAACACAAGUCUGAUCCUGAAGUCGAAGAAAACAAAGUGAAGCUGGAGCAGCUGAAAUCGGUUCUUGAAAUGUAUGGACAUUUUUCUGGCAUCAACCGCAAGGUGCAGCUGAAAUACCAACCGAAAGGAAGGCCACGGCAUUCAAGCAGCGAUGAAGGCAAGCCUAGGGAACCCUCGCUGGUACUCAUUCUGAAGUGGGGAGGUGAGCUGACACCAGCGGGCCGGGUACAGGCCGAAGAACUGGGCCGCGUCUUCAGAUGUAUGUACCCAGGUGGACAAGUGGAAUGCCAUCAACCAUUCUCAACGGCUUCGAUCGAGGAAACGAGUGAAUACGCUGGGACUCGAGGACUGGGGUUGCUACGCCUGCACAGCACCUUCCGUCACGACCUCAAGAUAUACGCCUCGGACGAGGGCAGAGUGCAAAUGACGGCUGCAGCUUUUGCCAAGGGUCUUCUGGCUUUAGAAGGUGAAUUGACGCCGAUUCUUGUCCAAAUGGUAAAAUCGGCAAACACGAACGGUCUACUGGACAACGACUGCGACUCCAGCAAGUAUCAGAACAUGGUGAAACAGAGACUGCAUGAAGCAUUCCAGGUGGACCAUGACUUCACAGAAGAGGACUUUGAAAAGCUCAACCCUACACAUGCACGAUCCAUUCAGAAUGCUCUGCAGUUCAUCAAAAAUCCCGUCAAGGCAUGUCAGCACGUCUAUGAGAUCAUACAGGACCUGAUCAAACUGAUCAAAUGCCGCAAGGACGAAAGCAAGACCCAUGUUCCCCUGUACCAUGGGGAGACGUGGGAGCUGAUGCUGCGACGCUGGGCCAAGCUGGAGAAGGACUUCAAGCUGAAGAACGGCAAGUUUGACAUCAGCAAGAUCCCCGACGUCUAUGACUGCAUCAAGUAUGACCUGCAGCACAACCAGCACACCCUGCAGUUUGUGCAUGCAGAAGAGCUCUAUCUGUAUGCCAAGGCUCUGGCCGAUGUUGUCAUACCCCAGGAGUAUGGUCUGACCCUCCAAGAAAAGCUUACAAUUGGUCUGGGCAUUUGCACACCUCUGCUGAAGAAGAUCCGAGCAGAUCUGCACCGAAACAUCGACCCCGCAGCGGAUGAGACUGAGAGUGUGAAUCGACUCAACCCGCAGUACUCUCAUGGAGUCUCUUCGCCUGGUCGACAUGUCCGCACAAGGCUGUACUUCACUAGUGAAAGCCACAUCCAUUCUUUGCUGACUGUGCUCAGAUAUGGAGGUCUGCUAGAUGAGACCAAGGAUGAACAGUGGCGCAGAGCCAUGGAAUACGUGAACGCAGUCACGGAACUGAACUACAUGACACAGAUUGUGAUUAUGCUGUAUGAGGAUCCCACGAAGGACCAGCACUCGGAAGAGCGCUUCCACGUGGAGCUUCACUUCAGCCCUGGUGUCGUCUGCUGUGUCCAGAAGAACCUGCCGCCAGGUCCUGGUUUCCGACCGCAAAGUCGCAGUGGACCGAGAGAAAAGUCAUCGGAAAAGGGUAUGCUCGGAGCAGCGUCUCAUGAAGCAGGAGAAAAGCAUGGCUGCAUUGAAGAGGAAGAAGAUGAGCUUACGUUUGAUGAUGAGGGAAGGUACGAGGAAGUAUGGUCAGAUCAUGAAUCUCCCACCAUUCUGGAUGAUGGCAAUUCAAAGGAAGCAGCAUCUGCGUCCAGAGCUUCUGCUUCAGUGGUGCCCCCAUUUCUUUCAUCGCAGCCAAUACCAAUUGGAAAAGUUCUGCAGUGCAUGGCCAUGGAAGUGCACGCUAACGCUGUCAUCACCGCACCCAAACCUGCAGCUACCCAUACUGUUGCCCUCACAAAAGCACCCGGAGAUGAGCAUCUGAAGCCAUACCCAAUUGUGCGAUGUAACUCGGACAGCCAACGACCAAGGAGUUUGGACAGCGAUGCCGCAGAGCCUCCAAAGGUGGACAAAGAUGGCUUACACAGGCACCGUCAUUCUGUCCCAGGGCAAUUGAGCUCCUAUCUGAGGAUUUGCAGUGUUGCUGACCUCCCUAAGGUCUUUGGUUCAUCUGGGAGCCUGUUUAGUACGGCAGUGAUCAGUGGUUCUUCCAGCGCUCCAGACUUGAAAAAUCUUUUUCCCACUGCUGUUGCUGAUGGCAUAGUUAGCGUACCAUCGAUCCGGCCCUUGGAAACACUGCACAACGCGCUGUCCCUGCAUCAGUUGGACCAGUUUCUGGGCAAGGUGACUAGUGCAACGUACAGGCUGCUCCUGAGCUCUGUUCCCAAGGUUCCUGGAUCCACGUAUAGCAACAGCCAGUUCUCGGCCCUUCCUGUUGCGUCACCUUCCAGCAGGGAUUCUGGGGUGUUUCCAGGUAUGAUAUGGAGUGGGCCACCUUCGUUUGUGUCUAGCAGCGGACCAUCGACACCGACGUCGUCGACCCUGGACAUCUGGACGAAGCUGCGCCAGAUGAACGAGAACGAGUCCAGCGCCGCCGAGUCGUCGGGCACGACUAGCAGAAAUAGCUACAGCACGCCACCUUCACCGCACGACCCACGAUACUACAAUAACAGUCUCUGAAUGCCUCCUCCCCCCUUUCUCUCACCAUACAGUGGUUGACAUGGCCCUGUAAAUAAUCAAGAAGAAGAAAAAAAAUGUCCUAUUUUUUGUAAGUGCAGGAUUGAUAUAAUGUGUACCAUGAGUUGCUUCGAGCAAUCUUCGAGUGCUUCCUCGGCCCACUGGAAGCACCCUUCUCCUCAUUUGAUUGUUUCGUUCAGUUUGUUGAAUAAAUAGUUGUACAGAAGCAG